UAAGCUUAGAGCCGGCUGUCGCUGAGUGCCCAGGAGCCAGAGGAGCCAGGGGAGAAAGAAGCCGCGAGAAGCAGCCAAGAGGAGGAGCCAGACCAGGAGCCCGAGCCUGAGUCGGAGUUCAGGUUGUUUUCACUAAAGCAGAAGCAACUAAAGAAGUUGAAAAGAUGCUGGUUAUAUUGGUACUGCUCACCUCCUUCCUUUCUUUCCUGUACAUGACAGCUCCAUCCAUCAGGAAAUUCUUUGCUGGUGGAGUUUGUAGAACAGAUGUGCAACUUCCCGGGAAGGUAGUGGUGAUCACUGGGGCCAACACGGGCAUCGGCAAGGAAACAGCCAGAGAGCUCGCUCGAAGAGGAGCUCGAGUAUACAUUGCCUGCCGAGAUGUACUGAAGGGGGAAUCUGCUGCCAGUGAAAUCCGAGCUGAUACAAAGAACCACCAGGUGCUGGUACGGAAACUAGACCUAUCUGAUACCAGAUCCAUCCGAGCCUUUGCUGAGAGCUUUCUGUCAGAGGAAAAGCAGCUCCAUAUUCUGAUCAACAAUGCAGGAGUGAUGAUGUAUCCAUACUCCAAGACAGCUGAUGGUUUCGAAACCCAUCUGGGAGUCAACCACCUGGGCCACUUCCUUCUCACCCACUUGCUCCUGGAGCGGCUGAAGGAAUCUGCUCCUGCACGGGUGGUAAACCUGUCAUCGGUGGUCCACCAUGCUGGCAAGAUUCACUUCCACGAUCUCCAGGGUGAAAAGCACUACAGCCCUGGUUUGGCUUAUUGCCACAGCAAGCUGGCCAAUGUGCUUUUUACUCGGGAGCUGGCCAAGAGACUCCAAGGCACGGGGGUCACCACCUACGCAGUGCACCCAGGCAUCGUCCACUCACAGCUGGUCCGGCACUCCUUCCUGCUCUGCCUGCUCUGGCGGCUCUUCGCCCCCUUUGUCAAGUCUGCAAGGGAAGGCGCACAGACAAGCCUGCACUGCGCCCUGGCUGAGGACCUGGAGCCCCUGAGCGGCAAGUACUUCAGUGACUGCAAGAGGACCUGGGUGUCUUCAAGGGCCCGAAAUAAUGAAACGGCUAAGCGCUUGUGGAAUGUCAGCUGUGAGCUUCUAGAAAUCCAGUGGGAGUAGAGCUGGUGGAAGAGCCACAGCUUUAUUAGGCCUGGUCCACGCCAAAAUGAAAGGUGACCAAGGAGAAGGCCAACCCUGACGGACUGUCCUCCUGGCUGGCUGCUGCUGUGAAUCUUGCACAGCUGUGAUUCUCCCUACUCUUCUGGAAACCUUUGUAAAUGAAACUGUCUUGUAAGGAUGGCUCUUGGAAUGAGAUGUUCACAUCUACAGAGCAUUCUUCUCCAAGUCUUGAAGAGUCAGCACCCUCUUGGGGCAAAAGGUGGAUGCCAGGUUGGGAAGGGGAUGGCAGAGGAGCUUGGGAAAUUGAGUCAGUUUCCUCACCAAUACCAGAAAUGUUAGCCAGCGAGCUCAGCUAAGGAGACAGGAGCAUCAGUGUUAUAUACUGUGUUACCAGGAACUACAGAUGCAAACUCUUGACUGAUCUCUUUUCUCUUUGAAAUACUGGUUAUAACUCUGGAGUCUGGUCGGAGUCAGGAAAAUCUUGGCUUAACCUUGGCCAGCUUUGGUUCCUUCCCCUGAGCAUCCAGGAGCUGCUAUAUGGAACUGGACCUUCACAUUUUCUUUUUAAAUAAAAUCUUUUUCUCCCUA